AUGCUGAAAGGAGAUGCAGACAUCCUGGUUGCUAAGCAUGGCAUCGAUAUGGAACUUAAGUGCACGUGCGAAGGAGUCAUUGACAACCUUGCUGAGCCCCUCUGUAUGCCACUACGAGAGUUUGUCGCACAGGUCGACGCACAUCAUAAUGCGGCCCUGGGCUCUACAAACACAAAGACUGGACCGGUGACUGCACAUUCUUGGGCACAGCAGGAGGUCGCAGAGAAACUUGAUGCAGACUUCCACUUGCUCUGUGCAUGUGAGCUCCGUGCAGGUGCAGCCUGCGUCGGGCUGUACCUUGAGGAUCGGUGCAUGGCUGAUGAACGCACUGCGGAGGUAUAUUGUGAUUUUGCAGAUCUUGUUGGAAGCAUGUAUGUGGGCACACUGAAGGGACACGUGCUCGAUGCAGCGAGGGUAAACAAG